AUGGAUGCAUUAGUACCCUUUGUAAUUGUUCGAGGCCAAAACAUGCUGCUCCAAGCUACCCAGCCAGUUCGUCCAAUUCAAAGUCGAAAUCCGCGCAUAUUUAAAGAGAGACUAUCACUGGAUUCUUUUACUGAAGAUGAAGUUUUGCAACAUUGCCGCCUCAGCAAAUUUGCCAUACAACAAUUAUAUGACGAGAUAAAAGAAAACCUUGACAGCAAGACCCAACGCAGUAAUGCAAUUCCUGGGAUGACAAAAUUAAUUGCCGUUUUACACUUUCUUGCCAGUGGCUCAUUUCAGUAUUGUAUUGCUGGAAAGUUGGGUUUCACGCAACCCACUUUCAGCAGGAUUUUAAGACAGGUGGUUGAGGCCAUUGGAAAAAUUAGCAAUCAAUACGUGCGUUUUCCCUAUACUGCAGACGAACGUGCAAAAAUUAAGGAGCAGUUCUUCAAUAAAUUCGGAAUGCCAUUGACUGUGGGCCUUAUCGAUUGCACACACAUUGCCAUUCUUCCACCAAGUGCUAGCGAGCAAAGCUAUCGGAAUAGAAAAAUGUUUCAUUCAAUCAAUGUACAAGUUAUAUGUGGCCCCGAUGGCGAAAUCCUUGAUAUAGUGGCAAGAUAUCCUGGGGGCACUCAUGAUUCUUUUAUAUUAAAUUCCAGUGGAAUUGGAAAUCUCUUUAAAACUGUAUACUUUAAUGAGGAUGUUUUGUUGGGGUUGGAUUGGCCACCUCGACACAUGGCUGAUAAAGCUAAACGCUCUUGCAUGAUGAUAGAUAAUCUCUCUUGCAGCCAAGGAGAUAAUGGCUAUGGACUCACUACAUGGCUGUUAACCCCGUAUCUAUUUCCUAGAAAUGAAGCUCAUCAAAAAUUUAAUUUGGCCCAUAGGAGAACACGUAGUCUUAUCGAAAGGGUAUUUGGUCAAUGGAAAUCCCGAUUUCGAUGUCUAGAUGUUACUGGAGGAGCUAUGCUAUAUAAGCCUUUACUGGUGGGAAAAAUUAUCCUUGCAUGCGCGGUUCUGCAUAAUCUCGCCUUACUCCACAAAAUCCCUGUGGAGAUUGCCUCAGAUCUUCGAGAGCCGCUGGACUGUGCCAACGUUUGGGAUUCUGAAACAAACCAACCUGGAAAUACAAAACGUGAUGAGAUUGCACGGAAUUUUUUUCGACAUUAG